AUGGCAACCCGUUCCCGGCCAGCCUCUCAAACCCGCUCCCCAAUUGAUCAAGGGGAGUUGGGACCCCACCUUUUGACAGCCCCCUAUGUCAAACUUGGGGAAGUAUCCCUUGAACGAAUCACAAGCCUCCUCCUUGGCCUCCUUGGCCAAGUUGAGAACCUUGAGCGGAAGGUGGAAGAAGUCCAAGAAGCAGGAGUCAAGGCUUGUACCAACCUUGAGAACAUCUCUCAAGCCGUUGAUACUGUCAAGGAUGGGCUUAGAAGCCUCCAACUCCACGGGCCAAGGACCCCAGAAGAUACCAAGCCCCUGGCCGUGGAAGCAACGCCACGCCCCCUAUCAAAAGUCGACCCUACUGGAUCAACUAGCCAGGGGCUCCCCACCUUUGCCCAACCCACUCCUGUACAAGCAGUACCCCCGCAAGUUCCAUCUCCCCCUCUAUCUCCGCGUCUCCAAUCCCCAAUUGGGACAGCUGCCCCUCCACCUCCGGCUCCAGUUGCCGCCUAUCCUGCUCCGGUCAAGGUUGACCACCCUGACGCCUACACAGGCAAAAUAGGGAGCAAAGCAAAGCAGUGGCUAACCCGGAUGUUAGCCUGGACCCGCCUCAACUUGCAGAUGUUCCCCACCAAUCAAGAGGUUCUAUCAUUCCUCUUGAUGAACAUGAAGGACACCGCUGGGGCCUGGGCCCACCCUCACCUUGACCAACUUGGCUCACACCAAGCCAUUAUUCAAACGGUUGAAGGGUUCAAAUUGGAGUUUCUGGCAGCAUUUGGCAACCCUGACGCCACAAGGGCCGCUGAGCAGAAAAUCACCACCCUCACUCAGUCCGGCACAUGCGCGGACUAUAUCACAAACCGCCAGAUUGCCACUUGCAAGUACCAACCCCGCACCCUCCUCGAGCUGCAAAACGCAGCACUUGUCAUCAACAACGCUCUCCAGGAAGAGCGUGCUAGCCACCCACCAAGGGACAAUAAGUCUAGCAGACCAUCCAACCCCGCAAGGGGGACAAGUACCGGCCAAUCAACAACUGGUUCAAAGAAACUCUCCAAUGACCCCAACUUUGUGUUGGAGGAAGAGCGAAAUUGCCGCCGCGCCGCUGGCGCCUGUAUCAAGUGCGGAAAAAUGGGCCACAAGUUCGCGGAAUGCCGCACGGGCUGGAAGUCUACCCCUAUUGAGGACAAGGGGAAGACUAAGGAAACCGCCAAAACUGGCAAAGACUCCAAGUACCAAUUGGGAAAAGAAAUCUCCCCCCUCUUCACAAUUUCAAUUAAGCCAGAGAAGCAAGCGGAACAAUUAGAAGUCCUGAUAGAUUCAGGCGCCACAUUGUCUUUUCUUCAUCCCCAAACCGCCAAGGCAUUACGCCUACCUCUCAUAGAUCUCCCAACUCCCCGUACCGUUACUAUGCUCAAUGGGUCAAGCCCCCAGGCUGGAAAAAUUUGGAAAAAGGCUCAUCUAACCUUCCUAAUUGAUGGCAAGCGCAUGACGGAAACCUUCCUGAUUUGCAACACUGGAACACACGCUGCCAUCUUAGGAAUCAAAUGGUUGGAAACGCACAACCCCAAAAUUGACUGGAACUCACAAACCCUUUCCUUCCCUCACAAUCCGCCAGAACACGUGACCAUUGCCAAGGAAGAAGAAGCUGAUCCAAAUCCCUUAGAAGGAGUACCCUCCAAGUACCAUCAAUAUGCUAAGGUAUUUGGAGAAGAAGAAUUCAAUAAGCUUCCCCCCCACAGGCACUACGAUAUUGGGAUUGAACUCACCAAAGAAGGACCCCUCAACUUGCCCCUUUACAGCAUGACUGACGCCGAGUCCAUCACACUCAAGGACUGGCUCAGGGACGAAUUGAAGGCUGGGAAGAUCCGUCCCAGCAAGUCCUCAAUCAGUUCCCCCGUCAUGUUUGUCCCUAAGAAGGAUGGUUCCCGCCAAUUGGUUGUUGAUUACCGCCGCCUCAACAACCGGACCAAAAAGAAUGUUUACCCACUUCCCCAUCCCAAUGACCUGAUGGCCCAGCUCUGUGGUGCCAAGGUUUUCACUAAAUUGGACUUGCAAUGGGGAUACAACAAUGUCCGUGUUAAGGAAGGGGACAAAUGGAAAACCGCCUUCCGCACCAAGUACGGCCUAUACGAAUCCCUGGUUAUGACUUUUGGCCUGACAAACGCCCCCGCUGCCUUCCAACACUUCAUGAACAAAUUGUUCAAAGACCUGUUAGACGUUUGCGUCAUCAUUUACCUUGAUGACAUCCUGAUCUACUUGAAGGAUGAUGCAACUCAUACGCAACACGUCCAUGAAGUCCUGCAGCGGCUACUGGAUAACCAACUGUUCUGUAAGGCAUCAAAGUGUACAUUCCACGUCACUUCUGUGGAAUACCUGGGAAUCAUUGUCUUGGAUAAGGGUUUUAGUCUGGAUAAGCUCAAGAUCCAGGCAGUACAAGAAUGGCCGGUCCCCACCAAGGUCAAAGAAGUCCAGUCAUUCCUAGGAUUUGCCAACUUCCUCUGUCAAUUUGUUGCCAACUUUAGCCACAUGGCCAGGCCAUUGCACAACCUGGUCAAGAAAGACACGCCCUGGAAUUGGGGUAACAAAGAACAGGAAGCCUUCCAAGGACUAAAGGACGCAAUUACCAAUGCCCCCGUACUCUGCCAUGCCAAUCCCACCAAACCCUACUUCCUUGAAACAGACGCCUCAGGGGCUGCACUGGGAUCCAUACUGAGUCAACGCCAGGAAGACGGCCAAUUACACCCACUUGGUUUCCUGUCUGAGUCAUUCAAAGGGGCAGAGCAGAACUACAAUACACAUGACAAAGAGCUACUAGCAAUCAUCCGCUCCUUUGAGUACUGGCGCAUCUUCCUGGAAGGAACCCUUCAUCCCAUCACUGUAUUCACUGAUCACCGCAACUUGGAAUAUUGGAAAGAAUCUUGA